GCGGUCAUUGCUGAUCACGCAGCUGAAUCUCUCUGUUCUAUACGACAACAUUGUGGAGGUCGAUUGAGAUGCGAUACGACCAACGACGCCCUUUGUCUAUGGGAACAGCUUCGUCUUUAUUUAUAUAAUCGCUCUAAAAUUGCUUGUAAAAUCGGAACGAGUCACGCAUCGCAUAGUUCGAACAAUUUUCCCAUGGAGUGGUUGCUUCGAAAAAAUCUUGUUAUGCUAGAUUUGGUGGAUGUCAUUGCUAAUUUAUCUGUGUAUCAAAUUCAUGGGUACCUACAAAGAGAAGCAUGGACAGAUUUGGAUGAAACCUCUACCUUCUAAUGAGUCGCCUACAUUGCGAGAGCGAGUCGUUCAAAAUGGACUUAAUUCUGGAUAUCAAUUCCUGGUUGUACCCGAUGGAGUUAGGUGACAAGUUUCGUCUAGUUCUCGCGACUACGUUAAGAGAAGAUGGUUACGCCGAUGCCGGGGAUUGGAAUCCCCAAGGACUGGAAAACGAAGGAUCCAGGGCGGAUAGUUUCGAGUACGUAAUGGCCGGAAAGGUGUACAGGAUAGAAGGAGACGAAGCGGCGAACGAGCCUUCCAGCAGAUUAGCUGCUUAUGUAUCAUUCGGUGGAUUACUCAUGCGACUACAGGGUGAUGCAAACAACUUACACAGUUUCGAAGUUGACCAGCACAUGUACCUUUUGAUGAAAAAAAUAUUUAUGUAA